GUCUCGCUCCGUGGAGCCCAGCUGAGGGAGCGUCGCGAAAGUUGCCCGUUUAGGAACUCUCCCAUUUGGCUCUCCAAAGGGGAGAACUGGUUAAAUAGUUGCACUGAAAAUAAUGCGAUUCAAGUUUCUCAUUUUCCAAGGACGCUCCCUUGCUGAAGCUUGCAAGGGCACGGGACUCCUCUCUCCUUGAUCCUGAAACAUGCAGCAGGUAGAUAACCUCCUGAUCCCUGACAGCCUCCGCCUGUUUUGAUGCCCCGCCCCCUCUGCUGGAGUCCGAGCCGCCGAUUGGCUAGGAGCACUUGAGCGGCGGAAGCAGCUGUCUCGCGCGGGGACUGCGGUGAGGGGGCGAGCCGUGAAGAUGGCGGCAGUGGUGGAGGUGGAGGUUGGAGGUGGUGCUGCUGGGGAACGGGAGCUGGAUGAGGUUGAUAUGUCAGACCUCUCUCCAGAGGAGCAAUGGAGGGUCGAGCAUGCACGCAUGCAUGCCAAGCACCGUGGCCAUGAAGCUAUGCAUGCUGAAAUGGUCCUCAUCCUCAUUGCUACCUUGGUGGUGGCCCAGCUGCUCCUGGUGCAGUGGAAGCAGAGGCACCCACGCUCCUACAAUAUACAGGAUCUCAGCCUGUCACCCAGGCUGGACGGCAGUGACUCCAUCAUAGCUCACUACAGCCUCAAACACCUGGGCUCAGGCAAUCCUCCUGCCUCAGCCUCCCAAGUAGCUAGGACUACAGUGAAGCUGCACUGGUGGAGGUUCCUAGUGAUCUGGAUCUUGUUCUCUGCUGUCACAGCCUUUGUCACCUUCCGAGCCACCCGAAAACCUCUAGUACAGACAACCCCAAGGUUGGUUUAUAAGUGGUUCCUGCUAAUCUAUAAAAUCAGCUAUGCCACUGGCAUCGUUGGCUACAUGGCUGUCAUGUUUACCCUCUUUGGUCUUAACUUAUUAUUCAAGAUCAAACCAGAAGAUGCCAUGGACUUUGGCAUCUCCCUUCUUUUCUAUGGCCUCUACUAUGGAGUUCUUGAACGGGACUUUGCAGAAAUGUGUGCAGACUACAUGGCAUCUACCAUAGGGUUCUAUAGCAAGUCGGGCAUGCCUACCAAACAUCUUUCAGACAGCGUGUGUGCUGUGUGUGGGCAGCAGAUCUUUGUGGACGUCAGUGAAGAGGGGAUCAUUGAGAACACGUAUAGGCUGUCCUGCAAUCAUGUCUUCCACGAGUUCUGCAUCCGCGGCUGGUGCAUCGUGGGAAAGAAGCAGACGUGUCCCUACUGCAAAGAGAAGGUAGACCUCAAGAGGAUGUUCAGCAAUCCCUGGGAGAGGCCUCAUGUCAUGUAUGGGCAACUGCUGGACUGGCUUCGAUACUUGGUAGCCUGGCAGCCUGUCAUCAUUGGCCUAGUCCAAGGCAUCAACUACAUCCUGGGCCUGGAAUAGUGAUGAAGAGCAUCAGUGGAAAACCCACCCCACACGUCAUGGACCUCAGGGCACUCUCCUCCCUGCCCACAAAGACCUCCUGGGUGGGAAAGACUCAAAGGGGCGCUUGGGCCACUCAGGACCCCUCCGGCUGUGUCGGACUGGGGAGGGAUAUGAUGGAGAGCCAGCCAGUGGGGCUGUCAGCAGUGGGGGGCUUUUUAAAAGAAAACUAUUUUGAUGAAUAUAUUUAAAAAAACUUUUUUUUAUUGUGGAAGAUAGGAAUUGCCCCCCUCCAGGAUUCACCCUCCCUGCCUAAGCAGGGUGGGGACAGAGCCAUGACAUUUUUGGUUUAAAGGAGCCUUCUCAUCUCUGGCUGAGAACACUGUUGGGCUCCCAGGUAGCUGAAGGCCUCAGCCCAUCCACUCCCUUCUUCCCUGUGUGGGGCUCAAGCCUGGUGCACUUAGUAUAGAAGAGCUAACGUACUCAGGCUUGUGCCAUGGGUGAGCACUGAGGCUCCAAGUAUCCUCCCUCCCCCACUGUCUGGCACACAGGACAGGUGUUGCGUCUGACUCUGUCUCCCCCUGUCCAGGAGCUAUAGGCUGGUUGAGGCAAGUGGAACCUUAUCAGCGACUUGUCCAACAAGGGAAGCCUUGGGGCCUCAGAAUUCAUUGAAGAUUUGUUUUGGGACAACUGGAAGAAUCAGCACCAUGGAUACGCGCCUGUGGGCAGGGCUGUGGUCAGCCAAGAAUAGAGGUCAUAUAGUUGGGCCAUGGGGCAGUUGUUGGCAGCCAUGACUGACGGCCCCUUGUGCAAGCUCAUUCUUCAGUGGAUCCUUCAGUGGAGUGGUGACACGUGCCAAUGGUCACUCUGCCACAUCACUUCCUUCCUGAAAGCCUAAGAGUGCGUAUGCAUGUGUGUGUGUACGUGAGGCAGGAGAAUAUGACAGAUGUCAGCUUCUCCCUGUGUCAGAUGAUAUGCCCUUGAAGCUGGCAGGGGAUUCCCAGUCCAGGGAAUAUCCCUACAUGAUUUUUGUCAUUCAUGGGUCCUCCCUGGGCCUGACAACAGGAGUGGUGGGUGGGUGAGUACAGGUUCUAAGAGGGGGCUUCUAGGAAGGCCCAAGCCCUAGUCCUAGGUGACUUGAAUAAAGUGGGAGGUCAAACAUGGGCCUUCGGCAUUGGGUUUCUAGGGAAUAUGGCCCAGUAGGGCCUGCCCCUUCAAGGGCAGCAAGAACCAAGCAGGAUGUUGUCACUCCUGUCUGAAUAAAGCUCCAUGAGCUGGGUUGGAAAGCUGA